AUGCUUGACAAAGAAUUUUUCACCGAGUAUGGAGAAGCAAGCCAGUAUGAGAUUCAAGAAGUAGUGGGGAAAGGAAGCUAUGGCGUUGUUGCAUCCGCCAUAGAUACUCACACGGGGGAGAGAGUUGCUAUCAAGAAGAUGAACAAUAUCUUUGAGCAUGUCUCUGAUGCUACUCGGAUUCUACGUGAGAUCAAACUGCUUCGGCUGCUUAAACACCCUGAUAUUGUACAAAUCAAGCAUAUUAUGCUCCCUGCUUCUCCAAGAGAGUUUAAAGACAUUUAUGUGGUGUUUGAGUUGAUGGAAUCUGACCUUCAUCAAGUUAUCAAGUUAAAUGAUGAUCUCAUGCCUGAGCAUCAUCAGUUUUUCUUGUACCAGCUUCUUCGUGGCCUCAAAUAUAUACAUACAGGAAAUGUGUUUCAUCGAGAUCUGAAGCCCAAAAAUAUUCUAGCUAAUGCUGAUUGUAAAGUAAAGCUUUGUGAUUUUGGGUUGGCUCGGGUGUCAUUUAGUAAUGCUCCUUCUGCUAUUUUUUGGACUGAUUAUGUGGCAACUAGAUGGUACCGUGCCCCUGAACUUUGCGGCUCCUUUUCCUCCAAGUACACUCCUGCUAUUGAUAUUUGGAGCAUAGGAUGUAUAUUUGCAGAGUUGUUGAUAGGGAAACCCUUGUUUCCUGGAAAAAAUGUGGUGCAUCAAUUGGAACUCAUAACUGAUUUGCUCGGCACUCCAUCUGCCAAAUCCAUUGCACGAGUUGGGAAUGAAAAAGCUAGGAAAUAUUUGAGUAGCAUGAGGAAAAAGCGGCCAAUUCCUUUCUCAAAAAAAUUUCCAGAGGUAGACAAAUCUGCUUUACGUAUACUGGAGCGGUUGCUGGCAUUUGAUCCCAAAGAUCGUCCAUCUGCAGAAGAGGCUUUAGCUGAUCCAUAUUUUGAUGGACUAGCAGAUAAGGAGCAAGAACCUUCAAGGCAACCCAUUUCAAAACUUGAGUUUGAAUUCGAAAGGAGGAAAUUGACAAGCGAUGACGUGAGAGAGCUAAUUUACAGAGAGAUUUUGGAGUAUCAUCCAGAGAUGCUGAAAGAGUACCUUCGGGGCACAGAUCAGACUCACUUUGUGUAUCCAAGUGGAGUUGAUCGAUUUAAGGAACAAUUUGCUCAUCUUGAGGAAGGUGAUGGUAGAAAUGACAAACCCAGCCCUCACCACAGGAAGCAUGCGAACUCCUUGCCUAGGGAGCGAGUCUGCACAGCUGAUGAAACUGACAAUGCUGUAAAGCGCAAUGCAUCUUCUCUCUCUCGUGCAGCUGUACAGAGCCCCCAGAAGUUGCAAGCUGCUGAAGAACUGCAAUCUGCUAACCGAAAUGCGGUAGCUAUGCAGAACAGCUCCACUAAACCCAAGUGUGGCACACGUACUCUGUUGAAAAGUGACAGUAUUUGUGCUUCAAUGUGUGUGGGACUAAUUGGUAAUGAUCGCCAGUCAAGCAAAGCUAACGAUGUCAAGCUCCUUUUUUCUCCAAUCGUUGAGAGGUAA